CGUUACACAACGGAUCCGAAAACUGAGAACUCAAGCAAAACAUUUUAUUUAAAAGGUCAGGGGGGCUCGGCUGUCAAGAGAAGCACGUGCUAAGGCUAACGCUUUUGUCUGGUUGUGUGUUGUUGAUGCCAGUGUAUUUAUGAAUCGCAGUGUCCAGGCUGAAUCGACUGCCUUAUGUAAGUGCCGUGGGCUGGAUUCCCUCCUCAGCACCACUUGGGGAUAAAGGGAUGAGCACACGAGUUAAAGAGCCACAACUCUUCGGCAGCUGCCACCAAAGGAAGAGGGACGAUUCUUUCAGAUCCCUGGAACCUGAUGCCGCAGCCGGAAGCGUCUGCAGGCUUAAUUGAGCGACUCAAUCCGAGCAGCUGUGCGCAGCCCACACGCAAAAGCUGAAUAGGAAAGCCAGUACCGAGGAUACACGUGCCGAUGUGGACGUACCACCUGUCAAGUUCUAGACCUGGGUGUGAGAUGCAGUGAUUCAGCCCCGUAAGGUAAGGAAGGGGCAUGGCGGACUGUCCACACCUGAGCUUACCGGGGCUGUUUGUGCUCCUGAUCACUGCAUCCGUAACACGAGGCCAAACCUGCCCGCAACGCUGUGACUGUUUCCAGCAGCAAAGGGCUGUGAUGUGCCAGAACAAGCGUCUGAGCUCUAUUCCUGCCGGUAUACCGGUCGACACGCGGCUGUUGGACUUGAGCGGCAACAGUUUGCGAUGGGUGGAAUACAAUGACCUGGCAACCUUCUCAAAAACGGAGGAGCUAGACCUGAGCGAAAACCUCAUCAGCGUGCUUGAACCCAACGCCUUUUCCAGUUUGCUCAAUCUCAAAGUCCUCCGUCUUCGAGCCAACCAGCUGAAACUCAUACCCAUGGGUGCCUUUUCGCGUCUCACCAACCUCACCACUUUGGAUUUAAGUGAGAAUAAACUAGUUAUCCUAUUAGACUUCACCUUCCAGGAUCUGAGGAACCUACGCAAUCUGGAGGUCGGGGAUAAUGAUUUGGUGUACAUUUCUAACAAAGCUUUCUUGGGUCUAGUCGGUCUUCGGGAACUCACCAUCGAGAGGUGCAACCUGACUUCUAUAUCCGGACAGUCUCUUUCAUACCUUCGCGGUUUGGUGACGCUUCGAUUACGCUACCUCAGCAUCGCUUCGUUGGAAGAACAGAACUUUCGUAAACUGGGCGGUUUGCGGGGUCUUGAGAUCGACCAUUGGCCCUUCCUCGAGUACAUUUCUCCACACAGCUUCCAGGGUCUCAAUCUUUCUUGGCUCUCGAUUACCAACACCAACAUUUCCACUGUGCCUACGGGUGCUCUCCGUAACCUCAUUCACCUGGCCAGCCUCGAUCUUUCUCACAACCCCAUCUCUGUUCUGGAGUCCUGGGCCUUGCGUGACCUUGUACGUUUGAAGGAAUUGCAUCUAGUUGGUACAAACCUCAUAUCGGUGCAGUCCUAUGGUCUUGGAGGUUUGCAGCAGCUACGAUUACUCAACCUUUCAAACAACAAAUUGGUUACCCUAGAGGAAAGCUCCUUCCACUCGGUUAACACCUUGGAAACGUUGCGUGUGGAUGGCAACCCUUUAUCUUGCGAUUGCCGCCUACUGUGGAUCCUGCAGCGUCGGAAAACUCUCAAUUUUGAUGGAAGGUCGCCGGUUUGCGCUGCACCCGUGGAGGUACGAGGAAAAGCACUCAGCACCUUCACGGACUCUGCGCUGUUUGACCACUUCACCUGUCAGCGGCCAAAAAUUCGCAACCGGAAACUGCAGCAGCUCACGGCACGUGAAGGCCAGGUGGUGUCAUUCGUGUGCAGUGCCGAAGGAGAUCCGACUCCCGUCAUCUUUUGGAUUUCUCCUCAACGUCGCCGUAUCACAACUAAGAGCACAGGCCGUGUUAUCGUACUACCAGUGGGCACACUGGAGAUUCGGUACGCCCAGAUAACAGACAGCGGUACUUAUAUCUGCAUAGCUAGCAAUGCCGGUGGCAAUGACACAUACUUUGCCACCCUCACAGUGAGUGGGUCGCCACUUGAUGGUGCGUUGGCAAAUCGCACCUAUUACGUUGGCGAUCUUAAUGACACGAACUUAAAUGACACGCGGGUCUUCCUGAAGUUCACGUUAGACCUGAAAACCAUCCUGGUGUCCACAGCAAUGGGCUGCAUCACUUUUUUGGGCGUGGUGCUGUUUUGUUUUAUUCUGCUGUUCGUAUGGAGUCGAGGGCGUGGUCAGCAUAAAAACAAUUUCUCAGUCGAGUACUCCUUCAGAAAAGUUGACGGCCCGGCCACCAGUGGCGGACAAGGAGGCGCUAGAAAGUUUAAUAUGAAAAUGAUAUAAACGAGAUAUGGACACUAACAGGUGAUUUGAACAAAUGAACGUUUUGUCUUAAAUUAAAUUUACCUAAAGGUAUGGAUGUCACAUUUAAAGGAAAACACACCCGUUUUUCAAUAUUUUACUAUGUUCUUCCCUCAACUUAGACAUAUUAAUACAUACCUAUCUUUUUUAAUGCGUGCAUUUAAUCUUUGUACAGCGCGUCGUGAAUGUGUUAGCAUUUAGCCUCGCCCCAUUCAUUCCUUAGGAUCCGAACAGGGAAGCCACCAAACACUUCCACUUUUUAUUUGGUGCCACCAUACUUACUCGUGUAACUACUCAUGUAACAGUCUUUAAAUAGGGGAAACAUGGAAGUGUUUGGUGGCUUCUAAAUUCAUCCCUGUUUGGAUCCUAAGGAAUGAAUGGGGCUAGGCUAAAUGCUAACACAUUCACGAUGCGCUGUGCAAAGAUUAAGUGCAAGCAUUGAAAAAAGAUAGGUAUGUAUGAAUUUAUCUAAGUUGAGGUAACAACAUAGUAAAAUAUUGAAAAACAGUGGUGUUUUCCUUUAAAGCAGAGGUUUUUGAUGAGAAGUCUAUUAAAAAUGGUAAAAAAAUUAUCCCUAUCUGUCACUGGGGCAAAAGUACACAUUUCAUUAGUUCAUAUAUUAGUACCUCAUAGGUACAUAUUGGUACCAAAUCCCUACAUGUCUGUACCUAAGUGGUACAUCUUAGGACCUUUCUAAAGAGUGCUGCCCCAGUGACAGCUUGGGACCAUUUUGACAGUGUAUAGUUAUAACACCUACUAUCUGCCAUUUUAAUAAGCUAAUCUUAUUUGGUGGCGUGUGGCAUUUUACACAAUGUUAAAAAUGAAUUACAAAUUUCUAUGUGGGACACCCUGGAUCACGGUGCCCGACUGAAAAAAGCAUAAAAGGCUAAGAACGAAUUUAAAUAUCACCAUGUAUUUUCUAUAAAAUAAGUUUGCUCUCCUAAAAGAAAGUUCUAAUAAUUUCUACACUGUAAAACAAAUUGUUUCAACUUAAAAAAAGUUUGUUACCGGUUACCUUAAAAUGUUUAAUUAAUUUAACCCAACAACUUUGGGUCAACUAAUAUUUUACGUUGAAUUAACUGAAAAAAUUUAAGGCAACCAGGUAACUUUAAGUUAUAUAUUUUGGAAGUAAUUAUUAAAAAAGUCUGUGAUUUAGAUCGUCACUAUUAAAAGGUGCUUUCAGCUUGCCAAGAAGUUGCCAAUAGGUUCAAAAGUUAACUAAACACAUCCCAAUGUUGUGACUAAUGUAAACUUGUAUCUUGCCUAGGCAAUUCAGUUUAUGUAUGCUCAUAAGUUUGUAGAUCAUAAAGUGGGCAUAUAGUUCACACUGCCAAUUUGUGAUCCUGUCGGUGAAAUCCAGGCUAGUCUCAUAAUCUAAUGAUGAGAUUAGGAGCGUUAAAGUUUGAUUUCAAUCUUUGAUAUAAUCAUACUCCAUUAAUAUUAAAGAUAUCAAGGUUAUAUUUUAUAACCUUAUAGUGUUCUUUAUAUUAUCUUGGAUGAUUUUAUGUAGAAAACAGUAAAUUACAGAAAAAUGACUAAAGCUGGGUUUUCACAGACUGUGGGUCACGUUUAACAAUGAUAUGAACUUCUUAGAAGACUGUUUAAGAAAAUGAAUGAAACUUCGUGGUAAUUGAUAUUUCACUUCUCUUUUGAAUGACUCUUGACAAUAUGAUUAGGUACAAAGUUUCGAUAUUACACUGCCACCUACAGUAUAUCUGAGUCAUGCCCACGUACGGUAAACACGCACACACAUACAGGUGUACUGUAUAGACCACGGAUAAAGCACAUUGUCUUUAUAUAGCAUAACAGAACAUCAAUACUAGCCUCAAAAUCUAGAUUGGGUUUGACAUUUUAAGACAUUUGUAUCUUAGUUGUAUAUAUGGGUGUUGUUUGUGUACAUUUUGGUGCCCUGUUUUCAUUCAUGUUAAAUGAGAUUGUUAAUGUGAAAUACUUUUAUUCCAUAUAAAAUGUUUUUUAAAAGAUAAUCAUAGAUGUGAAUGAUCUCUAAAAAGGGAACUGCUUUUAAAAAUAUAAAUAUAUAUAUAUACUUUUUACUAACCUUCAGUUUUACGCACCAUACACUGUCAAUGUCUUUAUGCCUUUACUACUGAGUAAACAUUUGUGAGACAAAGAAAAAUGGGCAUGAUUUAUUUUGCAUCGUUUCAUUUGCAUGAGCAUAGUUGUGGAAAGCACUGUGAAAAAAAUGGGACACAAAAGAAACUGUUAAAAAAGCAUUUUGUUCACAAGUCACCAAUCCUUCAUGAAAUAAUGAAUUAUGCUUGCAUUCUUUGUUUAUAAAUAAAAUGUAUCUAAUUUUCAAAUGCCCCGUUUCCAUGAGACAAAGACGUAGUACAAAGCUGCUUUGCUGCCCCCUGCUGUUUAAAUGUAAUAUUUGAUUGAAAAGCACAGGGUAUCUUUAUUUAUAGAAGCCUUAUUGCCUUCUACCUGUCAAUCUCUGAUGAUGAACACAAAGCUUACGUUGAAAUAAAUAAGUAGUAUAUCUGUAAAACUCCAGUAUUACUCAGACACACUCUUAAGUGUCUUGUUUUAAGCAACAUUAUAUGGACAUUGCAUACUGCCAUAAUUUGUCAACAGCUAAAAUGAAAUAAGCUAUUUGAUAUUUUUGUAAAAAUGUCAUUUUACAGUUUUAUUCAAUGUAUAAUAAAUCAAUGGAGAUCAUUUUCAUGUUUUUUUCAUGUUUGUUCUUACAGUAAAUACUACUAUUGAUAUAAA